AUGCCAUUUGGAGACAAUGACUGGCUCGCUUUAACCGAGGAACCGACACUGGAACCGGAGAUGCCGAUUUGCGACCCGCACCACCACUUUUGGGAUUUCCGAACCGAGCGUAUCCCUUAUCAACGGUAUCUACUCCACGAGUUGAUCGCGGACAUUGGCAGCGGACACAAUGUACGUUCUACCGUGUUUGUUGAGGCAAGAGCAAUGUACCGAGCCGAUGGACCAGCGGAGACGCGUCCCGUUGGUGAAGUCGAAUUCGUGCAAGGACUCGCAGCUGCGAGCGCGAGUGGUUUAUACGGCGAAAGUCGUGCUGCCGCUGCGAUCGUUGGGCACGCGAACCUGAACUUGGGUGAACGCGUCGAGCCGGUACUGGAAGCCUUACAAGCAGCGAGCCCAAAUCGGUUUCGGGGUAUCCGUCAUUCUGUCACUUGGGAUCCCCAUCCGGAAAUAGAUGGUACUUCUACAUACAGAACAGAGGAACAACUGGCGCGCGAGGACUUCCGUGCGGGUGCGCGGGUGCUGGCAGGCAUGGGUAUGUCUUUCGAGGCUUGGCUAUACUUCCCUCAACUCCCUGAACUCGCUGAUUUCGCCAGAGCAGUGCCCAACUUGACAAUUAUCUCGAACCACAUUGGUGGUUUGCUGCGGGUCGGUCCCUAUGGUGGUAGAGAUGACGAAGUAUUGGCGACUUGGCGAAACGGUAUCGCCGCAGUAGCGGCUUGCCCGAACGUCCACAUGAAACUCGGCGGUAUCGGGAUGCCGCGCACCGGCUUCGAUUGGCAUGAACGAGAACAACCGAUCGGUUCCGAAGAGUUAGCCGAGUCUAUGGCACCCUUCAUGAAUUACUGUAUCGAGCAGUUCGGUCCAGAACGGUGCAUGUUUGAAAGCAACUUCCCGGUCGAUAAGGUUUCGUUCUCUUACAACGUGAUGUAUAAUGCGUUCAAACGGUUGUCAUCGGGCUACUCGGACGAUGAACGCGCCGCGCUGUUCCACGACACCGCCGCUCGUGUGUACCGAAUAGAUGUCUGA